AAUAAAGAAAAUCCUAACUAAUACUUAUCUCAUACAAUGGGUUAUAAUACUUGUAUUGUGGAUUUUCCGAAAGAAUAAAAAUUUAUAACGGUACUCAAAAUCCAAGUUAAACUGAUAGAGAAAAACUUCAGCUCUCUUUCUCUCUCUCAGAGCAGCCGCUUCUCUCUUCGUCUUCCUCUUCUCUCUCUCAGUUAAGAUAGAGUCUUGUGAGAAGUAAUUGAUAUGCGUAUGAGAAACCUAAACUAUUUGAUUCAUAAACCAUCAAUUAAGUAUUUUUGUCGAAGUUUUUCUCUAUGGUCAAUGAAGAAGGACCCUGAUCUUGAAUCGGCUCUCUCUAGAAACCGUAGAUGGAUAGUCAAUAAUCAGAUUAAGAACAUAGUCCUUCGCUACCCGAAUCAGAUACUACCACUGAGAUUCCUCCAGAAAAAGUUCAAGACCCUUGAUCUCCAAGGAAGUGCUCUCAAUUGGGUCAAAAAAUACCCUUGUUGCUUUGAGGUCUUUCUCCAACAUGAUGAGUAUUACUGUCGGUUAACCAAAAGGAUGAUGGCUUUGGUGGAGGAGGAAGAAGCUGUCAAGGAUAUGCAGGAACAGGUGCUAGUGCAGCGUUUGGCAAAGUUGCUGAUGAUAAGCGCGAAUCACAGACUCAAUGUUGUGAAACUUAAUGAAUUGAAAAGGAUUUUUGGGUUUUCUGAUGAUUACUUGAUUAGGAUUGUGCCCAAGUACUCGGAUUUGUUUCGCAUUGUCAAUUAUGGUGGGAGGCGGAGUUCAAUGGAUAUUGAGCUUGUCUCUUGGAACUCUGAUUUGGCAGUUUCAGCUAUUGAGACCUCAGCUCAAGAGCAGGGUGCUGAGCCUUGUUUCUCUUGUUCAUUGCCUUCCACUUGGGUGAAGUCUUGGGAAAGAUUUCAUGAAUUCAAUUUGACUCCUUAUAUAUCACCGUACCUGGACCCUGGCCAACUUGUGGAGGGAACAAAGGAAAUGGAGAAGAGGACAGUGGGGUUGGUGCAUGAGCUGUUGUCAUUGACUUUGUGGAAGAAAGUGUCAAUAUUAAAGCUUGGACAUUUUAAGAGAGAGUUUCGAUUGCCAGAGAAAUUGAAUGUUUUGUUGCUCAAGCACCUCGGUUUAUUCUAUGUUUCAAAUAAGUAUCAGAUCUAUACAGUACUUCUUAGAGAAGCUUAUAAGGGAUCAGAAUUGAUUGAUAAGGAUCCCCUCGUUGUGGUGAAGGAGAAGUUCGGUGAACUGAUGCGGGAGGGGCUUCAUGAAUAUAAUCGAAGGCAUUGUCUGCAAAAUUUAGAAAAGAAGAGAAAGAAAGGCAUGGUUUUGGGUAGAUCGCACGAAAUUGAAGAUAAAACCUCAGAUCUUUCUGAUCCUGAGGAUCAGGGACAGGGAGACAAGCUAGGUGGUUUAUUUGAUCCCGAAGAAAGAAAGCGGUUUUAUAAAGUUCUCUUUGAUGAUGAUGCUCCAUGAUAACUGUUGUGGUAUAUUUCUGGCUUUUCUCCUAUUCAAGUUCUGAAUUUUUAUUCAUAAGCUUAGGUCUUCAUGUUAUCUAUACUUCGUUUGCCAAUUACUGUCUGCCAAGUUUGUUAUUUCAUAUUCUCCUUGUGAAUCAAAAUCUUUUUCCUCAGUAAUUUGAUAUGGAUGUCUUCUGCGGGUUCCAGCAACAUCUUUGGCAUUAUGGUUGAAGGAGAUUUUGUCAUUGUGCUUCUGUGUUUAUACCACUGGAUGAAUAUGGAAAGAAAAUAGAUAUAGGGUGGAAGUCAGAAUUCAAAAACCUUCUUCGCAGUCUUCGGUUCUCCUAGGGACGCCUCAACUCUUCAUGUUGCAUCAUCUUAGAGCUCUCCUAGGGACGCCUCAACUCUUCAUGUUGUAUCAUCUUAGAGCUCUCCUAGGGACGCCUCAACUCUUCAUGUUGCAUCAUCUUAGAGCUCUCCUAGGGACGCCUCAACUCUUCAUGUUGUAUCACCUUAGAGCUCUCCUAGGGACGCCUCAACUCUUCAUGUUGUAUCAUCUUAGAGCUGAAUCAAAGGUAAUCCCGUUGCUGGAAAACUUAGUCAAAUUCCAAUGUUCGUGCAUUAGCACUAGAAUAUUUUUGCUUGAUAAUGAUCUCUUUUUAUAACCAUUUGGCUAAUUGCAUGGUCAAUAGUAACUGUCCACCAACACAAUCUUGAGUCAAGUUUUUCCACAUCAAUUCAAUGAGGGAUGCACUUUAUUGGAAUUUUUUUUUUCAGUACAGCUGAUUAGCCAGGGGACUACCAGGUUUUUACUUAAAACCUCGUUUGGCUUGAGAAAGGUUGAACGUGAACACAUUUAUAUUAUGAUUCUAUCUGUUUGAACUAUGAACGAUGUACCUAAGAAAUCUACUUUGAUGAAUUUUGCAAACAUGAAGUAUGAGCUUUCUUGAUUGAUGCACCUAUCGGUUCGGUCCGUUUCAACAACAUUGUAUCUGACACCACAUCAACAGCUCAAUCUGACAUUAGAAGGUGCAUGAGACAUGGAGCCUUAAUUGCUGUAAAUACAUUCCAUGAUGCAUUGGCAUGAUCAGAUUGUGUUACUAUAGUGAUAUGUUUUGUUACUUAUAUUAUGGGCAUGCUAUGGGUACUUUUGUAAGGAAUAACAUUCCAUGAUGGGCAUGCUGGCUAUUAUUAGUACUGUAAAUACAUUCCAUGAUGCAUUAACAUGAUAAGAUUGUGUUACUAUGGGGAAA